CUGAGCAGGCAUUUCUAAAUAGUGAACACUAGACUAUAAUAAGUUUUCAAGUUGCCUCAUCACCUUUUAGAAGUAAUCUACUCUCCUGGCCUAAGCGACCUGAUUUAAUAAUGGAAGAAGAUAAAGUUGAUACCCUAUCAUCAGACAAUGGCCACUCCAACAAGGAUUUCAUCAUAGGGCUAAUCCUGGCCAUCAGCUCAAGUUUGUUCAUUGGUUCAAGUUUCAUUAUAAAAAAGAAGGGUUUAUUAAGAGUAGCAAGAUCAUCGUCAACCCGAGCUGGUAGCGGGGGCUUUGCUUAUCUCAGAGAGUGGCUCUGGUGGGCAGGUCUUCUUACAAUGGCAGUGGGGGAGGCUUCCAACUUUGCUGCGUUUGGAUUUGUACCAGCCAGCCUUGUCACAACUUUGGGAGCACUCAGUGUCUUAAUAGCUGCUGUGCUAGCCUCGGUCAUGCUCAAUGAGAGGCUCAACAUACAUGGGAAGCUGGGCUGUAUACUGGCUAUAAUAGGCUCCACAGUGGUCGUCAUUCACUCUCCAGAGUCACCUGGAGUCGAUAAUCUCUAUGAGACUGGAAAAAACAUGCUAUCCCCAUUGUUUAUUCUCUACGCUGGCUCUGCUGUCUCCUUGGCAAUAUACUUGAUCUUCUGGAAGAGUCCCAAGAUUGGACAGACUAACGUUCUGGUAUACGUUAGCAUUUGCUCUUUACUCGGAUCACUGUCCGUUGUCUUUGCUAAAGGACUGAGUAUAGCGAUUCGAUUGACCGCCUCUGGAAAUUCUCAACUGUUAAACCCUCUGGCUUGGUUUUUUCUGAUAGCCAUGGCGACUGGAAUCACCAUACAACUGAGCUAUUUGAACAUGGCCCUGGACACCUUCAACACAGCUCUUGUCACCCCUAUAUAUUACGUUAUGUUUACUACUCUCUCAAUCACUUCAUCGGGAAUUUUAUACAAGGAGUGGACUAAGCUAUCUAUUGCGAAUGUUGCUGGAGAUCUGUGCGGCUUUGCCACCACCAUUUGUGGUGUGUUUCUGCUCCAUAUGUUCAAAGAUGUCAAUGUAACAUUCUCCGAUUUAUUGUCUUCGUCUAAUAAAACAAAGACAUCAUCGAAUGAACCUGAAUUGCAACCAUCAUUGAACUCUCCUACAAGGACGUUAGAUGAUUCAGCCACAGUGUAGCUAGCUUAGGUUGUGUAUUUUUAUUGGAUAUUUUACUCUUUAUUAUGCAAUAUUGUUCACUUCAUAGAUGAAUUUAUGAACUCUUG